AUGUGGCUCGUCAGGCGCAGACACCUCCCUGACUCUCUUCGUGCUGUCAGGGACCACUUUCUCGCCCUUGACCCCACAGACCUCACUGUCGACCUGCUCGAGGAGCACCUCCUUGCAGCUGAGACUAGCAUAGUCGCUGUAGGUGCUGCUCGUGACACUCCUCGCAUGCCCCUCUUUGAGGGGUGCUCCCCCUCCCCCCUUGCCCCCUCCAACGCUUCUGCUGCUGCUGUUGACUUCCUUGGUGCUGAGGAGGUUGGUGCUGCUUCUGCUCCUAGUGGGAAGCUCCGCAACGGCAAGGGCAAGGGAGGCAAGAGUGGUGGAGUGGUGGCGGGAGUGGGGGCGUCGGUGGCGGCGGUGGCGGCAGCGGUUGGAGUGGUGGUGGCGGUGGUGGCAGCAGUAGGAGUGGUGGCGGCGGUGGUGGUGGUAGCAGUGGGAGUGGUGGCGGCGGCAGUGGUGGUGGUCGGGGUGGAGCCGUUCAGAGGGGAGGUUCUGGCGGUGGCCAGUGGCAGCAGCAACAGCGUCCGCGCGAGACCGCUUCAUCCCAGCAGCUUUGUGAGUGGUUUGCUCCACGUGGGGCGUCUGGGGGUAGUGUUCGCUGCCCGUACGUCAUCCGCACAGGUGACCGCGCUAGUCAGACAUGCGGGAAGUAUCACACACACCCAGCACCGCUGCUUCUCCCGCCUUGACGACGCUUGUGCUGAGGGUGACUGUUACUUGUGUGUGCCGCCCGACCCAGGUAUAGAGGCUGCUGCUCUAGGUGCUAGUGAGUCUGCUCUCUCUGGUACUGCGCUUGCUGAGGCCUUGCACACCUUCACGCUUGACUCAGUUCCAUUUGGCUCACUCUCAGGUCUUCACCUCCCCUCGUUCUCUACAAACUUGGUGAGUAUCGCUGCCCUCGAGGAUGAGAUGGUCACUAUCACCACUCCUUGGGGUCAGCGUGUGGCGAUCUGCACGUGUGCACGGACGGGCCGUCACCUGGCCACGUUCACCCGUCGGCCUGGGUCGAGUCUAUACACACAGACUACAGAGCCUGCUCAGGUAGCUGCGUCUGGUCAGGUGUCCGCGUCAGGUCAGGUAGCCGCCCCAUGUUCGUGUCGCCUCCUAUCGCACCAGACUCUCCUUUGGCACCACCGCCUUGGUCACCCCUCCCUGCCACGCCUCCAUGGCAUGCACUCCCGCCUCCUUGUUUCUGGUCUUCCCAGGUCUCUGCCUCUCCUCCUGCCCUUGCCUGCCCCGCCCUGCCUUCCUUGCGUUGAGGGGCGGCAGCGCGCCGCUCCUCACUCCUCUUCGUUUCCCCCGAGGAUUGCUCUCCUGCAGACUCUCCACAUGGACGUGUGGGACCCAGCCCACAUCCGUAGACAGGACCGCGUGCGGUAUUUUCUGCUGGUUGUUGACGACUACACGCGUUACACCACGGUCUUCCCCUUGCACAGCAAGGGGGAGGUCCCUGAUGUUUUGAUCCCUUGGAUUCGUGCAGUCCGUCUCCAGCUCCGCGAGCGGUUCCGCGAAGACCUUCCUGUCCUGCGUCUGCACUCUGACAGAGGUGGUGAGUUCUCCUCCGACCUCUUGCGGGACUUUUGUCGUGGGGAGGGCAUCCUCCAGUCGUUCACGCUUCCGGCCUCCCCGCAGCAGAAUGGGGUUGCUGAGCGCCGCAUUGGCUUAGUCAUGGAGGUGGCUCGUGCCUCGAUGAUCCAUGCGGCUGCUCCCCAUUUUCUAUGGCCGUUUGCGGUCCGGUACGCUGCGCAUCAGCUCAACCUCUGGCCCCGUGUCUCCAUGUCGGAAACCUCGCCUACAUGUGUUGGACGGGGGAGGUUGGCAAUGCGUUGGUGUCGCGGGUUUGGGGCGCUCGUGCCUUUGUCUGUGAUACCUCCGCGGACAAGCUCUCCUCCCGCGCCAUUCCCUGUGUCUUCCUUGGCUUCCCCCGACGUCACGUUUGACGAGUCGGUUCCCUUUUACUGUCUCUUCCCCUACCGCACUGCCCCUCUCCCUCCCCCCCCGGCCGCUCUUCCUCGCUCCAGAUCCCCCUCCGUUAGGCCCCCUUCCCCCCCCAAGGGUCCUGCUCCUUCCGGUUUGUCUCAGGUAGACCCACUCCCCUUGGCUGAGCUUGUCGAGGUCACUAGCGACUCUGGUGCUGCUCGGGGUGCUGCGUCUGGGGGUGUUGAGCCUGCAGGUUCGGAGCCUGGGGGUGCUGAGCCUGAGCGUGCGGAGCCUGGGGGUGCUGAGCCUGGAGGUGCGGAGCCUGGGGGUUCGGAGCCUGGGGGUGUAGAGCCUGGGGGUGAGGGGGCUCGGGGUGUUGAGGCUGGGGGUUCUGAGUCUGGGGGUGCUGAGCCUGCGGGUGCUGAGCCUCGGGGUGCUACGCUGGCGCUGGAGGCACUGCGGCUGGAGCCGCUGGAGCUGGAGGCGCUGGAGCUGGAGGCGCUAGAGCUGGAGGCGCUGGCCCUGGACGCGCUGAAGCUAGAGGCGUUGGAGCUGGAGGCGUUGGAGCUGGAGGCACUGGAGCUGGACGCGCUAGCGCUGGAGGCGCUGGAGCUGGAGGCACAGGAGCCGGGGGCACUGGAGCUGGGGGCGCUGUCACUGGAGACGCUGGAGCUGGAGGCGCUUGAGUUGUAG